UUUCUUUUUGGCCUUGUAUACCUCAUGGAAGAGUGAUUAUGCACAUGCAAGGUAUAAAUCUUUCCUUUUUUCUCAGUAUUGUUUAAAUUAGAGGAGCUGACAUGGGAUAACGUAACCUCUGUUUGCAGAAUAUGAAUAAAUAAGUAUUCCACUAAAGCUGUGCAAUGGGUUCUCAUUAAAGUUUUACAGAGAGCACACUAUUCCUUAAUUUUCUUCUUAGCUGCAGAGCUUCUAAGGUCACUGAGCAGAUCUUUAAGUGAGAGUCAAGGAAAUUUUGAAAUGCUUCAUUGAUUUUUAUCAAUUCUCUCCUUUCAAAAGAGAUAUAGAGGCCAUGAAGUCACUGUUCAAAUCCUGAUGAACGUGUUAGAAAGGCUCACUGCUUUCUUCCUUCCUUGCUGUCAUCAACUCUCCAGCAUUCAGCUAGACCUGAUGUAACUUGAAUUCGUUAGUGCUGCAGAUCUUGUCCACACCUUAUUCUUUCUAUUCUUGUAGUUAAGACUUCCCAGAAUUAUUUUUAAAUGUCUUUAUCUUUAACAGUGAUUGACUUGUAGUUUUUAUCAAGAGUAUCUCAUAGAUUAUCUUCUUGUAGGAAAAAUGAUGAAAUAAGAGCGAUAUUGAAGACUGGGUUAAUUUUUAGGACAAAUAGAAGAAAAAACAAUCAGUUUGGUCUUAGUUGGACAUUUCAAGAGAUUUUUUAUUUUUCUGAGGGAGUAAACCAACUCUCUCAGUUUGGCUGGAACAGAGGAGUCUUCUGGGAUGGGAGAUUCACAGUGCUAAAUCUCUGGACCCGGGCAGUCCUGGGCCAAUUGGGAGAGUUGACCACACAAGAGCAUACUUUAAGGAUGUGAACAUUUGUCUUUCCAUUAGGAGACAUUCAUUUUCAUCAUUUCAAGCACUUUUAUGCCUCAAACCCCUACAUAUCUCUGUUAAAAUAAAAACCCGUUAGCCAUCUAACUGUCCCAGUAUUUCCUCAUAGUUAUUAAAUUGUUUUGAAAUGUUCUUAACACCUUCUCCUUUGCAUUUGUCUGUUUUCAAAAUUGAAAUGUCAGUGUUUGGAAGGUAAGAACCCAUAGCCAUAAGCUCUGUUUGCUAUAACACGCUAAGGAUUUCCCUUUGCCUUUUUAUUGUUUAUGGAGAUUAACAGACUUUUCUAAGUUCCUGCCUGUCCUUUCAACUUACUUGACUGAUAUGGUCCUUAACAAAAUAUUAGCCAUUUCUAACCGUUAAAAUAACUGGCUUGAUUGACAUUUUAACUAGAUGAAUCGAUUGUUUUAGCUGAUCAGAUUCUACUCCUGUGAAAGCCUGUUAGUUUCUAUAAAAUCUCAGCUGUCUUUCUUGUGGCUGCGUUUUCAGUUUUUCACUGGUUAUUAAAGUGGUUGAUCCUGGAGGACUGUUCACAGCUGGAAAUCUAAAGAUUUUUCUCAUCAAUGUAAACAAUAAGGACCCCAUUCUUAGCUGUAGGUAAGAUCAUAAAACAUAAUAUUUUAGUUUGACCUUGAAAAUUGAAUUUGAAAAUGUUUUGCAGAUUCAUUAUUAAUUUUUUUUGUUUUCUGUGCUUGUUAUUUUCUGAGAAGGAAAAUAAACAAGUGAGAUGUAAACAACCACUUUAAGAUGUAAGAUUUUUUAAAAAGGGUUUCCUUAAAAACUGAAAGCAAAAUGGUUUUAAAGUAUAAAGUGUAUUGAAAUUGCAAUGGAAUGAGGUGGUGUUAGUGCAAUAUGUUCUUAGUGUCUGACUUGUGCUGGAUUAUCUCUCUCUACCCUCAAAGGAGAUUCUGGCUAAUAUUAUCAUGAAGAAAUUUUAAAAACCAUAUUGAGGGUCAACAGUGAUUCAGCAUAAGAACCAGUAAGAAGCUGGUUCUUACGGAAGGAUAAGAGCACAGUGAUUAAGCAUAUAGGCUCUAGAGCCAGAUAGGCUCCGGGUCAAAUCCUCUGUCAGCCACCUUGAUACUUAUUUCUAAAACUUACCCUAAUGUCUUAAAAUUUCCAUUUCCAUGUCUAUAAAAUGGAGGCAAAAAAUGGCCCUACUUCCUAGGGUUGCUGGGAGGAAUAAAUGCAAUAACUCUUAAAAAAUGCUUAGGAGUCUGUCCAAACUGUAGGUAAGUGCUCAAUAAAUGGGUUGGUUGUUAAACUUAUGGCCACCAUUUUCAUUCUCAUCAUUGCAAUCUCCAACCUCCUACUCUUGCCUUCACAAGGUGUGGAAAAUAAUACACAGCAAGCAAAUGCCACUCUCAUAAUCUUUCCUUUUUAAACAAGUUUAUUAAAUAUUGAAAAUGCUGUCUCGAGUGUGACUUCUAUAAACUCAACUCGGCACAAUAAAUUUGACAUCACACUGGAUGAAGAAAUUCCUAUUGGGAAGAGGAUUGGAGUAUGCCAGGCAACAGAUGAUGAUAACCUGGGGGAUUUAACCUUUGAACUUGAUCCAAGGAAUGAUUACUUUGCAGUUGACAAAGGUCGCUAAAAACCUGGACUAUGAAGACCCAGAGAUAAUUGCAGCUGGACAUACCUAUGAAAUGAUGAUUUCAGUAUUUGAUGACCUACGUCCUUCCCAUACAGUAACUGUGACCAUCAUUGUGAAGGUUGCUCCUGCCAAUGACUUCAGCCCUGUAUUUAAAGCUGGACACUAUUCGUUCUCUGUUCCGGAAACAUCAGGAGAUCACUGUUGACAUUGAAAAUGAGAAUGAUGAAGCACCUGUCUGCACACCCUCUCAAUAUAAGAUGCUCAUUUUUGACAAUGUUGUCGUUGGGACAAACGUCAAUGGCUUCACCCUAAACUGCCACGACAGAGAUUCGCAAGAUUUUGAAAUGCAUUUUGAGAUGGUUUCUGGUGGAUAAUUUUAUUAUUUAUUUUAAUCACCAGCAUAUGUCAAACUGACAGUAGUUUUGCCCUGUUAGACAUCAUAUAUAACCUCAGAAAUGACUAUGGUUAUAAGGGUUAAACUAUUAAUAUCUAUAGCAUUGCUUCCUCAAGGCAUCCUUAUCCUUUUUACUUUUACAUAUCAAAUCUCAUUGCUCCUUUAAUGGAAGUAUCAGUAAUUUUACAGGUGCUUUGACAACAAAGUUUGGACCUGGAUGGGAAAUGCUGAAGGUUAAGUUACAAGGAAUGAAGUCUGCUGUCCAUGAUGCUGGCUAACAACAGCCAACUUUCGAGUUGUUGCUAUUAGUACAAACUCAGAAGGAUACGUGUUUUCAAACUGUGUUAUUUUGGAUUUAUAUAGAUCCAUGCAACUUAAGUCAUCUUAUUUUUUAUGAAAGGCAUUUAUUAGGACCAACUAUGUAUCAGGCACUGUGCUGGGAAAUGGGUACACAGAAGUAUACAAGACAGAUAUUCAUGGCACUAAUUGUUUAUUAAACCAGCAGUAACACCAGCAAUUAUAAAAUUAAAAACUGUGAUAAGUUCUAAAAUGGAAAACUACUGGGUAUCAUGAAACAGCAUAACAUGGAGACCUAUUUAAAGUAUGGAGGUCAGACCUGCUGUCAUGUAUCUGAUGGAGUAGAAGCUUGGAAAUCA